GAACCGAGAAGGCCGUGCCGACGUAACCUGAACGAACCGCGAGUGAAGUGUUUAUUGUGAAACAGAAAUAAAAAAUAGUGCUCUCAACAUGGGAUGUGGAACGAGUUUUGUGAAAUAUGUGCUAUUCUUCUUCAACCUGGUCGUCGCGCUCCUCGGCCUGCUGCUAGUGGGGAUUGGAGUAGCGUUCCUGAUGAACUGGACCAUGGUCAAAGACUUACUGAAGACCCAUCUUGCUGUCGGUCCGUGGAUCUUCAUAGUCGUCGGGGCUGUAAUGUUCGUGAUCGCGUUCUUGGGAUGCUGUGGAGCGAUACGCGAGAGUCACUGCAUGGUCGUCACGUACGCAAUCUUCUUGCUGGUGAUCAUCAUUGUGCAAGUGGUGAUUAGCGUCCUCCUCUUCACCUACGGCGAGAGCAUCAAGGAGAGCAUUAUGGAUGGCGUCGGCGUGUUAUUCAAAAAGAGAUCUGACGCUAACGCAGACGAGGCCGCCGAGGCUGUCUUCUCUGAAUUGCAACGACAGUUCGAAUGCUGCGGUAACACUGGCGCUAUCAACUACGGCCAGUUCACGUUGCCCGAGUCCUGUUGCGUCAAGAAGAGCAUCCUCUCUACCUUCGCCGGCAACAACUGCACGGUCGACGCCGCGAAUCCCGGCUGCGGUCCCAAGAUCGGCGAGCUCUACCAGAAAUGGAACAAGCCUAUAGCCGGCGUUGCUCUCGGUGUUGCUUGUGUUGAGGUGGUAGGAGCCCUGUUCGCGCUGUGCCUCGCCAAUUCCAUAAGAAACAUGGACAGAAGGUCACGCUACUAAUAUUUUGUACAUUAUAAACUGGUACGCCUAAAAUGAAGACAUCACGAGAUGAACAUUCGAAUAAAAAAAAAAAAAAAAA